CCUGCAGCCAUCUGGGGCUCUGCUGGCCCCCAGGGAGCUCAGAUGGACCUGGGGCAUCUCUGAUGGUCUCUGAGGAGCUUCAGCGGUCUUUGGGGAGCUUUGGUAGCCCUUGGGGAUCUCUGAUGGACUCCAGAAUGCUCUAGUGGUCCCCAGGCAGCUCUGGUGGGCUCCAGGGAUCUGUUCUUCACCCUGAAGCCUUACAGCAUAUAAGACACAUCUUUUCUCCUUUUCCUGUCCCUGAGAGAGCACCCACCCUCAGCCAAGGCGGCUCACCCCAUCUCAGCACCCGAUCAGGACCUGUGCCAGUGCUGGUCCCAGUCUUCUGCCUCAAGAUCAGUUCUCUCCCAGCAAGGAGCCCCACAUGAAACUCCUUGCCCUGAGCAGCCUCUCUGUGCCCUGGUCCGUACAACCACAGGUACUGCCCCAGUGAGACUCAGGGACCCCCAAAGGUCUUCCGAUGGGAAGGGGAACCAAAGCCUGAUGCCAUGGGUGAUGUCAUCACAGUGAUGCAGGCAGUUGCUAGGGCGACUGAGCUCUCACCCCCACCAAGGCAGAGCUCCAGGUAGCAGCGCAAGCACUGGAUGUGAUGGGGGCCAAGCCAAUGGACAGGUACAAGGCUUUGUGCGCUGUUGUCAUUGACACGGGGACAGGCCACACAAGGAGCGGGCUGGCUGGGGAUGAGCAGCUGCGGUCGGUGGUGCCCAGCCAGGCUGGGGGCAGCCCCGUCCUCACCCACGGUGUGGUCACUGACUGGGACGGGCUGGAGGAGCUGUGACACCGCAUCCUCUACCAGGAGCUGUGUGUCUGCCCCGAGGAGGUGGCCGUGCUGGCCACGGACGCCCCGCUUUCCCCCACCGCCAACCGGGAGAAGAUGGCCGAGCUGCUCUUCGAGGGCUUCGGGGUGCCGGCCAUGCUGGUGCUGCCCCGCUCCCUGCUCGCCGCAUACUCCUAUGGGCGCACCACCGGCGUGGUGGUGGGCUCCGGCGCCGGUACCUCAUACGCGGCAGGGGUGCGGGAAGGCUACGCGCUGCCACACGCCACCUUCCGCCUGGACGUGGCUGGGGAUGCCCUCACCCUCUACCUGGGCCAGCUGCUGGAGUCCCGCGGGGUCCACCUCGACACUUACCCCCUGUGCCACCUGAAGGAGACCUGCUGCUGCGUCCUGCCGUGUGCCGGGAGGCCCCAGCCCGUCACCCCCCCAGCACCUCGGGGCUGCUCCAAGAGGAUGAGCGGUUCCAGUGCCCCGAGAUGCUGGUGGCCCCCACGGCCCUGGGGCUGCCGGGGCCAGGGCUGCUGGAGCAGGCAUCCCAUAGCCUGCACCGCUGUGGGAGCCCCACCGGCAGCCCCCCACCCUGCCUGCUGCUGGCAGGGGGCACCACGCUGCUGCAUGGCCUCCCCCAGCGCCUGUCAGCAGAGCUGGGGGUCCCUGCCGAGGCCGCCCCACACCGCCAUGCAGCUGCCUGGCUGGGAGGGUCACUGGCCGCUGCCCUCGAUGGCUUCCAGGGAGCAUGGGUGCCACGGGACGUCUAUGCAGAGGGCGGCCCUGCCAUCGUGCACUCCCACUGCUGCUGACCCUAAUAAAGGCCCACGAGUGGCAACUGGCGGCUGCACCCCUUUAUUUUCUCCCUCCCCCCCUCUACCAGCCCCCCGAAAGGAUGGAUGGGGUUUAUUUGGCCCCGUUGCCAGGCCGACACACGCAAUUACCGCUGAUUGCCUGACGGUUGCCAUGGCGAUGGCGAGCACGCAGGGAUGUGGUGCCGCGUGGCGCUUGAGUCACGGCCAUGCUGCACGGCCCCCCGCUGCACCCCGCUGCACCCCACUGCACCCCAGCAGCAGCCCCCCGGCAUGGGGCUGCCAGGCUAGGCUGGCCCUGGACCCCCUCCAACACUGUCUGGGGCAGAGAGGUACAGCCAGGUGUCCCCCAUCCUGGGUCCCCCCCACCCGAGCAAAGGGUCCCCAGCCUUGGCAGAUCCACCUUGGCAGCCUCUUGUGCCAGAAGGCCUACAGAAAAUGUCACUCCAGACCAGUCAAGUCACCCUGA